AUGGAUGCUGGAGAUGCCUCCUCCGGAGAGAUGCGGAGCACCACCACGGAGCACCGCGCUGUAGCCCUGAACCACACCGGCCUGAAUGUAGUCCCCCAGGCUUCACCUGUCCCGGGUUUGUGUGCACUGUGGACACUCCAGAGGAAGAGACUGCGUGGCUACGAGGGCGUGAAUGUGAAUGGCUUUAGGAUGUGUGAUUUUGGCAUCGUGCCCACCCCGAGAUGGAAACGAGGGUGGGUGGUUGGAAUGGCGGAUAAAGGCUUGUGGAUGACUGAACUCGGAGACCUGGUGCAGCUCAUCAUCAUCAUUGCCAUAGGCUGUCAUGCACUGCCUCUCCUCCGUGGCCCAUACCUCCAUCCAGGGAGCAACCAGCUUUCUGGAGAAAUCAAUACGAGCAGGAGCAAGCAUGGCUAUGGCUGGGAUCUCGAGUUUGUCUGUGCCUUGGGGGCCGGACCUCCACUGGACUGGCUCCAUGUGCCCCUCCAAGCAGCGGCCUCAGCUAUGGACCUCCCAGACCCCAACAGAUGUGUGUGGUGGAGCUACAGUGGACACGGCAAAAUGGCGGUGACGCGAACACUGGUCAUGGGAGAUGGGGUGAAGAGGAUGAUGAAUUGGUGGUGGGGGGUUGCGGGGGGUUGUGGGACGUCUGGUUUGAGUGGGUUGUAG